AUGACCUGGUGUAUCACCACCUGCAACUUCGACAUCGACGUGGACCUGCUCUUCCAGGAGAACUCCACCAUUGGCCAGAAGAUAGCUCUGACUGAGAAGAUCGUCUCCGUCCUUCCGAAGAUGAAAUGUCCUCAGAGGUUGGAGCCUCACCAGAUCCAAGGCCUGGACUUCAUCCACAUCUUCCCCGUCAUCCAGUGGCUGGUGAAACGCGCCAUAGAGACCAGGCAGGAGAUGGGGGACUACAUCCGCUCCUACUCCGUGUCCCAGUUCCAGAAGGACCAUCGACUCCCAGAGGAUGAAGAGUUUGCCGGCCGGCGGGAGAAGGCGGUGAGGACUCUGACAGAGACUUGUGACAUCUACAAGCCGCGCAGGAAGUACAAGAGACUAGAGGGCGCCGCUGAGCUGACAGACGAGGAGAGCCGCGUACACUCCACCCUCCUGGAGUACGGCAGGCGGUAUGGACUCAGUAAGCCGGGGAAGACAGACAAGCAGGAGGACCACAAGGUGUCUGUCCCGUCUGGACUGGCUGGUAAAGGGGAGUCAGGGAGGAGGAUGAGCUGCAGGCCCAGGAAGAGCUGCGUAUCAAGGCUCUGAUGACGGGGAAUGGCGGCCAUGGACUUGGAUCAGGGUCGGCUGACGGCGAGCUCGGUGGGGCAGAUUGUGGGCUUGCAGUCGGAGGAGAUCAAGCAGAUGGUGUCGGAGUACGCGGAGAAGCAAUCAGAGCUCAGCACCGAGGAGAGACCGGAGAGUGUGGGAGCCGCCCAGCAACAUCGCAGGAAGGUGGCCGCUCUCAACAAACAGAUCACCCACAGGAGCAAAACCCUGGAGCAGAUGAGGGGGGAAUCCUCCCGCUUGCGCUCGCAGUGUGAUGACGCCAAGAAGAAGCUGUCGGCGGUCACAGAAGUCGCUGAGAAGCUGAACGAAGAACUUUCCACUCUGGAGAGCGUGGAGGCCAAAGCCGACCCGGGGCGUCCUGCUGAAGUUGCGCUCUCUGGUGGCCAUGAAUGAGAGUCUGAAGUCUCAGGAGUUGCAGUUUCGGGCUCAUUGCCGGGAGGAAAUGUCCCGUCUGCAGCAGAACAUCGAUCGUCUGAGAGCCGAAUCUGCAGAGAGCAGCGAGGAGAAGGAGAGGGGUCUGGUGUUUGAACAGCAGCUGAAGGCGGAGCGCGAAAAACUGCAGAAGAUCCGACUUCUCCUGGCUCGCAGGAAUCGGGAAAUCGCCAUCUUGCAGCGCAAAAUUGAUGAAGUUCCGAGCCGAGCGGAGCUGACGCAAUAUCAGAAGAGGUUCAUUGAGCUCUAUGCACAAGUGUCAGCCACCCACAAGGAGACAAAGCAAUUCUUCACCCUCUACAACACGCUGGAUGACAAGAAGGUUUAUCUGGAGAAGGAGGUGAAUUUGCUGAAUUCUAUUCAUGAUAAUUUCCAGCAGGCGAUGGCGUCAUCCGGAACGCGGGAUCAGUUCCUGCGGCAGAUGGAGCAGAUUGUGGACGGGAUCCGACAGAACAGGAAUAAGAUGGAGAAGAAGAAGCAGGAGAAUAAGAUGCGGAGGGAUCAGCUGAACGAUGAAUAUCUGGAGAUGCUGGAGAAGCAGAGAUUGUACUUCAAGACGGUCAAAGAGUUCAAAGAGGAGUGUCGGAGGAAUGAGAUGUUGCUGAGUAAGCUGAAGGAGCGCUCCGCCUGA